AUGACUGAGUACAAGCUUGUCGUUGUCGGAGGCGGUGGUGUGGGUAAGUCGGCGCUCACCAUCCAGCUGAUCAACCAUCACUUCAUGGACGAGUACGAUCCUACCAUCGAAGAUUCCUACCGCAAGCAGGUCGAAAUCGACCAGGAGACCUGUCUCCUCGACAUUCUCGAUACCGCCGGCCAGGAGGAAUUCAGCGCUAUGAGGGAUCAGUACAUGCGUACCGGCCAGGGCUUCCUCUGCGUCUACUCUAUCACGAGUCGAUCGUCGUUUGAGGAAAUCUCUUCCUUCCGCGAGCAAAUCCUCAGGGUAAAGGAGGAGGACAACGUGCCGAUGGUUCUUGUCGGUAACAAGUGCGAUCUCGAGGACUCGCGAGUGGUCGCCACCUCCGAGGGUGCCGAUCUCGCCAAGUCGUUCGGCUGCAAGUUCCUCGAGUCGUCGGCCAAGUCGCGCAUCAACGUCGAGGAGUCCUUCUUCGAGCUCGUCCGCGAGAUCCGCAAGUCCAUCGGCGGCGAUUCCGACAGCGGCAAGGGCAAGGGUAAGGGAAACAAGGGCGGCAAGGGCAAGGGCAUGAAGGGCAAGCUCAAGUUCUCUUCCAACCAGUGCUCCCUCUUCUAA